AGGGAGCGGUACGCCAUGGCGUCGUUAGCUGUAGUCUCCUCCAUGAGGAACGCGCGCCAGCAUUCGAUAUAAAUGGUUUCCGAGAACCCGUGUGCGCGCCUGCCCUUGAGUAAGGGAUAGCAGUUCGAGGUUAGUAGCGAGGACACCAGCAGUAUUACGGGCUGCAGACGUUGGCGCUCAAGACACACGGACACGCGCGAACGCUGGACCGACACGUAAUAGCCGCCGUUGACAUCUUCGCUGUCGUAGUCCCUUCGACCCCGACGUUGCCGUUGUCCACUUAUCAUUUGCCGGGAUUAUUGUUAUCGCUACCGCGUUUUGGCACCAUCGCCGUUUACUGCGCGCUAGCGCGCGCUUAUUUCCGUUACGGAGCGACACGCGCCGCUGUGAACGAUAGGGGUUCCCAGGGAUCGGACACGCGUCGUCGUCGUCGACACGCCGUCGUGCGGCUGUGCGCGCGCGAACGCAAACGUGGAAACCACUCGCUCUCGAAGAUGUGAUCGACGGACGCGUGGCACAUCUCCAUACGCCACCCGCAAGUACGCCGUCCAGUUAGCCCUGAUUGCCGGAGCCACCAAUUGUCGCAGCAACAUGGCGUCCCGUCGCAAAGAAUAUUUGAACUCAAAAUAUUAUAGAUGGUUAGACAAAAAACCUCUAUCAGAAACAGUCUCAUGGACUUGUAAAGAAAAGUUUUGGCUAAUAUCUGCUAUACAUCAUUAUGGAGCCCAGGAUUGGAAAUCUAUUGCUCAAGUUCUUAAAAAUGUUGGAGAACCACAUAGACCUAGAGAUUGGUAUUCAUCAAAAAAUUGCGAACGUCAGUUUAAAAUGAUUAUAUCCAAUUUUAAAAAAGAAAUCAAGAUAAAGCCUUUCAAUAAUGUAAUGGAACAUGUUGUUGAAGUCAUGAAAAUUAAAUACAUUCGUGAAUUACAAGAAACAAAUGAGAAUUUAGUAAAUAAAGUAAAUGGUAUGUGCAAAGUUUUGAAUCGCAUUAAACAAGGAAAUUUAUCAAGAAGUGAAGCCAUUUCACUUUAUUCAAAUGCAAGAAGAACUGAAGUCGAAGGUAAACAAUAUGUGGAACAACUUUUGAUUAGGCAAACUACUUGGUUGGCUUCAGAAAUUUCCAGCUCUGGGUUAUCAGAGGAGCCAAUUAAAUGGAAUGCGCCAUCUGCUCCUUUAUUGACAAGUCUUCUAAGAUCGCGUAGUACUAUAUCAGUUAGUAGGACUGUAACUGCUAUUACUGCUACUGCUACUACUUCUAUACUACAUCCUGUAGGUGGUACAUCUAGGACUAGAUCUGGAAAAUUAUUAUCAACAUCUCCUACUGUUAGAACUCCUACACAAGGAACUCCUACACUUUCCAAACUGCUAGAAGCUCCAGCAAACCCUUAUAUACCAAGUCCUCAACAAGCAUCCCAAAAAAAUAAGCUAAAUGAUAUUGUUGGAACAGAUAAGCUUAUUGGAAAUACUUCUAGAAAAGAGAACUCACCGUCAACAUCAUUGAAUAAAGUACGAAUGGAUAAUACAUCAAACUCUGGGUCUUUUAAUCAGACUAAUAGAAUUGAUUUAUCAGCUUCGAAGAGACAGACACCUAAGAGUGUUGGUUCAGCAGUUAAAAAUGGAUCUAAAGCAAAUUCAAAUAUUGUUAAUUUGUUAAGUGAUAGUGAUAAUGAAGAAGGUGAUAAAAGUCUAGUUCAUCAAAGUCUCCAACCAAAACAUUUAUUUGAAGAGAAAAAUGAUAAUAUUACUAUUAAUGCUAGUAAUUGUAAAAGAAUUGAAACCAGAGCCACAAGAAGUCAAACAAGAGCAGAAGGGGGUUUCAAACAUUUGAAUGACACUAAACUAUCUGGUGGAAAGAAGGAUCAUGAAACUCUGCGACAACAUAGUGGAGAAACUCAAAUUACUGAAACUCAUUCAAUUGAUGAUGAAUUGAUUGAUAUUGAUCAAAUCGAAGUUGAACCUUUAUCAUCAGUUCAAGAUGAAACAAUUAAUCACACACCUUCCAAAAUUACGAGAUCUUCUGUACAAAGACUUAAAUUAAAUAGUCCUGCAGAAAAUAUAUUACCCAUUAAAAUGAAGAAUAAAGAAAUAAAUAAUCAAAUGUUAGAAGAAAUUUCAGCCAAUUUCGUUUUAAAUUCAUCAAUCAAAAACGUAGCUACAGAAUAUAAAAAUGUAAUGGUUGGUCAGUCGCGAAUUGACAAUGGAAGUUUAUCAGGGUGUCUUGUUCCAGUUGAUGCAUCAACUGUCAAAGAUGGUAUUUUGUUACGUAAAGAUGGGCAAUCUUUCCCACAUCCUGCUAAUACUUUAACUACGUUUGAUGGAAAAGUUAUAAAACAAAAAAGAUUAAUUGAAAUUAAAGGAGCCAACUUGAGGUGUAUUGAUAGUAGAAGUGACGCAAAAUACUUGGCGUUUUCCAAUCAACCAAUUGUUGUCGUCAACAAAAUUAAAAAACCAUUCAAUAUAAAACUAGCUUCUUCUGAGGCAAAAGACAACAUUGAUGAUAUUCAAAUAACUAAUAGUGAAAUAAAAAAAACUGUUAAAUUACGUAAUAGUUCACAAAAUUUGAAUCCAUUAAUAGAAAAUAAUUGUUCACACACUGAUGAAGUAAUUAUUAUAGAUGAUGAUGUCAAUAUCAAUGUUGAUGAAAAUACUAAAAAUAAAGAUGAAUCACCUUGUAAUAGUGAAUCACAAAACUUAUGUUCAACAGUAGCUGGAACAAAUGAUAGUGGUUCAAAUAUAUCAGGUAAUUCAAAAUCUGUUGGUUUUCAGUUAAAUUCUAAAACUAAAAACGAUAAAAUACCAGAGAAUAUGUUAGGAAAAAACCAUAAUAUUUUAAAUAUUUCGUCAAAAAAAUCAAAAAACCAUGAUGGUAUCCAUAAAAUUGGAAUUAGUAGUAACAUAAAUGAUACCAAUAGCCGUUUUAUAAAAGAACUUGAUUUUGAUUUUGAUCAAUCAAUUUCUCAAACUACAUUAACUGAAUUGUAUAACGGUGUUGAAGAAAUUGUUGAAAUGCAUUCAUUUGAUAAUGAAGAAUUAAAUUCAUUGAUUGAAUGUGGUUCUUUAAAUAUUAACGUAACGGAAGAAUGUCAAAAUGUUACUAAUUUAGAUCAAGGUGAUUCUUCUGUGAGCGUGAGUGAUUCAACUAUUGGAGCUUUUGAUACCUUUGCUCAGAUUACCAGAGUUUCACAAAAUUCAUCUAAAGAGGAUAAGUCUAUUAACAAAGAUUCAAAGACUAUUAAACAAGUUAGUAAAGAUUUAGAAAGUGAUGAAGGUAUUACUCAGUCUGCUGAUGUUGACGGUCAAAGUACAGCAACAUCAGUUACUGCUAUACCUAUACUACAAGGUGUAAUUUCAGAUGUGAUGAGUAAAAUAGUUUCUGAUCGUGAUGCACCUUGUAAAGUAGUUGACUCAUUAAAUGAAUCUACUGAUGAAGUUGUUGAAAUAAGUAGUGAUGAAGAAGAAUUAUCACAUAUCAAAAAACAAUUUCCAUCUACUGCUAUUGAAAUUGAAAACCCGGUAAAAAAAAUAAUAAUGCACAAAUUGAAUGAAGAAGAAACUAAUAAAAUAAAUUUACUGGAGACAAACUCAGUACUUAUAAAUAAAAAUAAAAAUAUUUCAAGAGAAAUCAAAGAGACACCUCUGAAUAGUUCGGAAAUAAAAAAUAUUAAAAGUCAUAUUUCUAACAUGUUAAAAAAACCUACAGCUAAAAAUGUCUCAAAUGCAGAAAGUGUUCUUUCUAUAACAGGAUUAGAAUCUAAAGGUACUAAAAAAAAACACAUUGCCUUGGAAAAUGAAAUUAAUAUUAGUUCUGAGGAAACAGGAAAUGAAAAUACAUUUAAAGAACCCGAAGUGAAAAACUUGAAACUAGAAAUAGCUGAAGAGAGAUUGAGAUGUAGGAAAGAUUUAAAAAUUAAAAAAGCUAUAGAUGAAAAACGCUUGAAAGAAAUAUUUGACAAAAAAAUUGAGGAAGAAAAUAAAAUAAAAGAAGACGAAGAAAAAAAGAAAAAAGAAAAUGAUGAGAGGAAGAAACGAGAAGAGGAAGAAAGAAAGAAAAAAGAAGAGGAAGUCAGAAAGGAAGAACAUGAGAGAAAAAGAAAAGAAGAAGAAAGAAAAAGAAUAGAAGAAGAAAGAAAAAGAAUAGAAGAAGAAAGAAAAAGAAAAGAAGAAGAAGAAAAAAAUAUAAAAAAAGAGGAAGAAAAAAAAAGAAUAGAAGAAGAAAGAAAAAGAAAAGAAGAAGAAGAAACAAGAAAAAAAUAUGAAGAAAUUAAGUUAACUGCAGCAAACAUUAAACAAGAAAAAUUUGACGAAAUCGAUGAAAUGAAUGAAGAAAUAUUACAGAAAGCAAUUAAUUCUGUAGAAAUGAAUUUUGAAGAACAAUAUGGACAUAAUUCUGGAGGAAUAGUUGUCAAAGAUGAAUUUGAAGUUGAAAUUAUGCAAAGAGCUAAAAAGAGACAAUUGAAAAGGGCAAAAAUAACCGAGUUAAUUAAAGCGAGGAAUAUUAAAAUGAAAAAGGCAAAAGCUAAAGAAUUAGAAAUUGCAAAAUUGAAAGAAAACGAGUUAAUAAUUAAAGCUAGAGAAGCUGAAGUAAUAAGAGCAAAAGAACAUGCAAGACAAAAUGAGCAUAGAAGAAUUAAUGAAAUCAAUUUGCAAAAAGCUAUUGAUGAAGAAAUUGAGAAAGAAAAACAACAAGCCCUAACUGCUGAGAUCCAUAGAGCAAAAAUAGCUGCAAUUAAAAAAGAGAAAGAAGCUAUACUAAGUAAAAAACAAGUUGAAGAUCGAUCUGUAUUGAGACGAGAUUCCAUAAAGAAGGUUGAUGUUGAUUUGGUGGAUAAUUCAGAUUUAAAAACAAUUGAAUUUGGACCUCAUGAACGUCAAGUUACUAGAGCUAGGAAAUUGAAAAAACUUGAAUUGAAAUUAGACAAUUCUAAAGAAGAUUCAAUCAAUAUUAAUGAUCUAAAUAAAACUGAGAAAUUAGUACAACCAAUGCUUGAGAAAAAAAUGGAAAUAAUUGCAUCAACAAUUAAAGAAAACGUAACUAAACCAGCUGCUAGAAUUCUAACUAGAACCAGAGGUUUAAAACACGAAGAAAAAGUUAAAGAACACAAUUUUGAUUCUAAGAAUGUGAAUGAUGAAAACAAGUUAAAUAAUUUAGAUACUUCUACUGUAUUAAAUGAUUCGUGUGAAGGAUUAAUUUCUAAGGCCCAAGUUGAUGGUAAAACUAGAACUCGUUCUUCUUCGUCAUAUAAACAAGUUGAUACUGUUCCAAAAGUAACGGUAGGAAUGAAGAAAAGUGUGACUGGUACUCAUUCUGAAGUUUCGACCUCAAGUUCAGAAAUUCAAAAAUGUACUGUGGGUUCAUUUUUAGAACCAAAAAAUUUUAGAGCAUUGACUAUACCUCUAGUAAAAUUAAAUUCUCAAAAUUUACCAAUUUUAAAAGAAAAAAUGGAUUCCAUGAAACAAUCGUGUAUCAAAGUUGUGACUGACGAACUACCACUUUCACAAUCAGACGUUACUAAUGAUAAAGAAAAAUUAUUUCAGAAAAGUGGUCGGAAACGUCAUGUUGUUGUACAAAACGAAGAGUUCCAAAGUAAAAAAUCAAAAUUUCAAAAUGACGCAAGAACUAUUAAUGUAAAAUUUGCACCAACUAAAAGAACCAGGAGCCAUGAUCUUGCACGAAAAAAAAAAGAAGAAGACAUUUUAAAUAUCAAACGUUUUGCAAACACAUUAUUAAAAAAGAGCGUUCUAAGGGCCAUUAUGACAGACAUACAGAAGAAGAGUUUGUACAUUUCAUCAUGUAAAAACCAGGCCAAGGAAUUAUAUUUAGAAGAACAAAUGGUUAUUAAACGGCCACUCAAUUUAAAAUCUAUCAGAAACAAAAUAAAUAUUGGUUUAAUUCAAUCAAUAGGAGAUUUACAGAGAUAUUUUUUGAUUAUGUCACAGAAUAACGCUAUGGUAAAUAAUACAGGUUCUAUAAUUUAUUGUGACACUAUAGAAUUUCAAGAAAAUCUUAAAUCAAAUAUGAAUUUCUAUCACUAUGCAUUUUCAACUAAUGGCGGAUUAUCAGAAAAGAAGAAUGAUGAAGAUGAUAAAAAUAAUAUUGAUGACGAUGAUGAAAAUAAUACUGACGACGAUGAUGAGGACUAUAUCAAUGUUAAUUAUAACAUUGAUGAUGAUCAUUUUAUAAUAGAAGAUAGUGAAAAUAUUGGUUUAAAUGAAAUUAAUUGUGAAGAAACAGUUGAUUGCAUAAUGAAAACUAUAGAUUUUAGUACGGAUGAAUCCUCUAGUGAUUCUGAAUCUGAUAGUUAUUUAUCAGUACGCAAGAAAAGAAGAAAAAUUGACCAGUCUUAUGUCAAUACUUCAGAUUCUAAUAUAGAUAGUGAUGAUUAUGAAUCUGAUGUCUAAGUGAAUUGAUAUUUAAAAAUUCCAAAUUUAGGGAUUGUUCCUAAAUUGUAUCAGAAAUGUGACAUACUAACUAUGUGGAAGUGAUUAGCAUAUUAUUAUUUGUCAUAAUUUUUUCUAUGUUGUUAAGGUAAUUAAACUACAAUUAUGUAUAUUUCAUGAUGAAGUUUGUUACCUUAUAAAAUAUUAUGUAAUAUAAAUUUAUACAUAUUUAAA